AUGUCCGCACCCAGCGCUACGCGUACCGCGGUAUCUUCUAUUGUCCGAGGUCAUAGCUCGAAUGUGAAUCGCGGGAGAGGCCAAGGAAGGGGUCGCGGAAGAGGUCGAGGACGCGGGCGGGGAAGAGGAGGUCCUGGUCAAGCACCCGCCUCCGAAGCCGCGAUCUCCACCGAAACUAUAGUGGUAGAACAGACGACGGUAGUGUCAGGUUCAAAUCGACCGCCGAGGUCUGAAAGACCGCCCAAGCCUCCAUUGACGCACUUCAUUGCUCUGCCAAUCGGUCACCAUGCGCGCCUCCGCGAGACCAUGUCGACGUGCACAAGCGCGCUGCUGGAUACCUCCCCGCCCAUCCCAGGGCUGGACAGGUCCAUCAUCAUCUCCCCGCGGCGCUUCCACCUCACGCUCGGCGUGAUGUCCCUCGAUGCUUCACCGGCUGCAUCUGAAUUAGUGGACGAAAAGCCGAAGACGGUUAAGGCCGCGCUGGACCUGCUUGCCUCGCUUCGCCCGCGUAUCCUCGAAAUUCUCGCGGGUGAGAAGCUCAAAGUUGAGCUGAAGGCCAUGGAUAUUAUGCGCCCGGAUAGGGGAGAUCCCGAGAAUGCGCAUGUUAUGUGGUUGGGCCCCCCGAAUAACGGGGCGGGGUCGAAGUUGAAGGAGGUUUGUUUGCUAGUUCAGCGAGCAUUCCAGGAAGCUGGGUUGCUCGUUGAUGAACACAGAGAACUAAAGUUGCACUGCACGGUCAUCAACACCGUCUACCGCAAACCCCGCUCCAAAGGUCGGCGCAUCCCCUUCUCCUAUCCAUCCAUCCUCGCAUCCGCAGCCUUCCGGCAACUCAACGCCAGCGUCCCGGCCGUACUUGGGUCAGCGCAGAGGCAGAAGGGACCGGUUACCGUUGAUUUUGGUACAUGGGAUGUCGACGAGUUACAGAUUUGCGAGAUGGGCAGCUGGGGGCCGGAGGGGGAGUACCUGAGUGUCGGGGGAAUACGAUUGUAAGGUGUAGGAUCUGGUUUGGUGUACACCGCCUCGGCGAACACGGCUACGUGCUCCUUCGGUUCCACCGGGAGAUAUCAUAGGACCGCCCAAAUGUCGAAAUGUGUAUGAACAGAGCUGCUCUGUCUCUCUUCCAUAGCACGCAUUCCAAAAUAUAGAGGACGUAUACUGUAUCAGACUUGCGGGAAGAGUAAACGGG